CCCACAAGCAGUUCUGUUGGCCAGGACUUUGGCCUAGGCGUUGAGGUCGGGGUGGUGGCUGUGAAGGGGUGGACCUCAAGCGCUAUAAAGCCUUUCUCUGCCUGAUUGGAGCUGGUGAGGACAGCCUGCCAGAGUCCGCAUUCCAGGUCUCCUGACACCAUGGGCACCCGAUACUUCCUGGCUCUGUUUCUCAUCCUCCUGGUGUUGGGAUUCGAGGUCCAGGGCGACCCUGUACCCCAGCAAGAAGAGACUGCCAGCCCUGCCAUGCUCACCAAGGUGCAGGAAUCACUCUUAGGUUACUGGGAUCUAGCCAAGGCAGCUGCCCAGAAGCUGUACAAGAAGACAUACUUGCCCGCCAUGGAUGAGAAAAUCAGGGACAUAUACAGCAAAAGCACGGCAGCUGUGACCACCUAUGCAGGGAUUUUUACUGACCAGGUCAUUUCUCUGCUGAAGGGAGAACAUUAACAGCUGGGUCCCCAAUCUCGGGGGGAGUCCAGAACCCAGCAACCCCUUGGGUCCCCUGAUCUAUACCCCAUCCCACUUCCUAGCAACUCUCAGCGUCCUGCUCCCAACUCUAG